CUCGGCGCCACCAUCCCACCCCUUUGCGCUCUUGUUGCUGUGUUCGCAGGCAGAGCAAACUGCCCUCGCUAUGCCCAAGCAGAACAGCUGGCUGACUACCUGCAGGCUAACCUGCCAUACUUCAGGGUUCGCAAGGUCACUCAGCAGCCUGAGGAGUGGGAGCAGUGGCUUCAUGACAUUUGUGAAGUGAAUGGAUGGGAACACAGAGAGUCUCCCAUUGUUUGGAGAGAGCUGUUGGACCAUGGAGGGAAGGUUGUGCUUCUGGGAGGAGUUAAAGAGUUUCUGGAAUAUGCUCAGCAAUAUUAUGGCAUCACUUCAGUGAUGUUGAGUGAGGAAAUGUUAGACAUUGCUGAGGAGAACCUGCAGGCACAUCUUGAACUUGUAAAAGAAGAGGAAGAGAUUAAAAGCCAUAUCAAGCCUUUGCAGAUCUGGAUCACCAGUGCCUCAGCUCCAAUCUGUUAUCAGCUGAUCCCUCUGCUGGCGAAUGGAGAAGUGUUUGGGAUGACCACAGAAAUCAGUAUCCAUUUGCUUGACAGUGACGAGUUUAAGGAAGUUCUUUGCAGUGUUGUGAUGGAAGCUGAAGACAUGGCAUUGCCCCUGCUCCGCAGUGUUUCGGAGCACACUGACAUAGAUGAGGCUUUUCUUGACGCCGAUAUUAUCAUUGUUCUUGAUGAUGUCCUCUUAAACCUGGAAGUCCAAUCCCUUGAGAACUACAUCAGAGAAAUGAGUGAGAUCUGUCAAGUGUAUGCUCCCUUGAUUGAGAAGAAUGCCAAGAGUGAGGUCAGAAUAGUUUCAUCAGGAAAAACCUUUGUAAACCUUAAGGCAAUGAUGAUUAUGACAUACGGCCUAUCCAUUAAGCCUGAAAAUGUCAUUGCUGUUGCGACCUCCUGGGAAAGUGCAGCUAAAGCCAUGCUGGCCAGGAAGCUGAAUAUGAACACAGCAGGAGUUAAAGAUGUGAUUGUUUGGGGCAAUAUUAGUGGCUCUAACUACAUCGAUUUGUCUCAUGCAAAGCUUUAUGGCUAUGACUCUGCUAUUUGGGGCCCAGCUAAUUUUGCACGUCCGUUGUUGAAUAUGCUUUAUGAUAGUGAAUGGAUUCAUUCAGAAUUUGGAUCUGCACAGAGUUCCCUGAGUUCCCGGGUCCAUCGCUGUACAGGAGUGUUGCCUGCCCAUGCAGUAGCCACUGUACUGCAGUACUGGUGUCACAGCUCUCCUCCUGGGGAGAUCAUUUCUGUGGGAAUACUUAGUCAAGGUCAGUUUUGCAUUCCUGAAAGAAUUGUAUUUUCUAUGCCAGUGAGGUUCCAGAAUGGCAAAUGGGAAGUCAUGAAAGAACUAGAAAUUAAUGAGGCAACCCAAGAAGUUCUGGGACGCUUAGCCCAUGAGCUGACUCAGGAAAAGCUUGUUGCACUAAGAGAAAUCAAAGAAAUAAAUCCAUAUGGAGCUGACAAAAUCACUAGUGAAACACAGAUGCAUCAAGAGAUGGAAACCUUGCCUGCUGGGUCACUUUAG